UCUCUAAAUGUUAUUGCUGAAGACUUGAAGGCUACAUUUGGGGGGAUAUUUCAUACAUAGAUACAGAGAUGAAUGAAAGCUAGAUGAACUGGGAAUGGCUUUCGUACAAAAUAGGCAGAUAAGAACAGUCCCGCCCAAAUAAACUUUGCCCUGUCAUAUGACCUCCCUCAAAAUAAUACCUAUUUUCACCUCUCGUCCUCUGUUGAUAAUGAAGUUUGUCGAGCUAUUUGGGCGUUUAAAAUCAGUGGUGAUUGGAAUGAUCCAUGUUCGGGCUCUCCCAGGCACUCCCUUAAACACUGCAACCGUGUCGGAGAUAGUCGAGGAGGCCUGCCGUGAAGUGGAAAUUUACCAAAGUGCAGGAGUCGUAAGAGCACCUACAAUUGAUGGAUUGAUAAUUGAGAACAUGCAUGAUAUUCCAUACACGUUUGAUGUUGGACCAGAGAUCUGUGCCAGCAUGACAGCCAUAUGUGCUGAAGUGAGACGUUUCUGUCCAUCCUUGCCACUUGGAGUCCAGGUCUUGUCUGCCGCAAAUCAACCAGCAUUGGCUAUAGCACUUGCUUCAGGUUUGAAUUUCAUCCGAGCGGAAGGAUAUGUAUUUUCACAUGUGGCUGAUGAGGGUCUACUGAAUGCAUGUGCUGGUGAUCUUUUGCGCUACCGCAAGAAAAUUGGAGCAGACCAUCUCCAGAUCUUCACUGAUAUUAAGAAGAAACACAGCUCCCAUUCUAUAACCGCUGAUGUUAGCAUCAUUGAGACUGCCAAAGCUGCAGAGUUCUUUCUCUCGGAUGGACUCGUCAUAACAGGAACAGCCACUGGGGUUCAGGCUGAUCCCGUUGAACUCAGAGAGGUUGCACAGGCUGUGGGAAUCCCAGUGCUGAUAGGCUCCGGGGUGACUCAAGAUAAUGUGCAACACUACCUUGAUGCAAAUGCUAUGAUCAUUGGCUCCCACUUCAAAAGAGGAGGCUAUUGGGCCAAUGCAGUGGACCCAGAGAGGGUGAAGCGGUUCAUGGGAAGGGUGGACGAACUCCGGAAGUGAAGCACUACAAAGUAUCCUGGUCAAUGACCGUGUAUCUCUAUGGCUGUUUUUGUUAAAUACAACUGUACAAAAACAAGCUUCAGCUCAUGGCAAAAAUGAAUGUUAUCCAAUGUUUUUAAAGAGUUCAUAAGGAUCCCUGAAACAAAAUGAUAAAGCUGAAAUACACAAUAAAUUUAUGAAAACAUA